UAAAUUAAGCAUAUGUUUCCAGCAAAUGGUGGGUGUCUCCAUGUUGGAUCUCUCUCAUUUCUUCUUCAACUUAGUGUUCUCCUUCAACACUCUAACUCUAAGUCACUUUUGUCUUCUCCUUCACUCUCUUCAACUCAAACCUCACAUGGGUUAUGGUGUUGUGUUGUUAUUAGCUUGAACUCACUCCCAACGUCUCUUUUCUCUUUGUUUUGAUUGCAAUAUUGUAACGCUCGCAUUCCAUUUAUUGCUUCCUUUGACUUGGCUUCCUUCCUUUGCAAGAGUUUUUUUUUUUCCUUCUCUUCUCUCUCUUUCCUUCUUUGGUCUUUGUAUGUUAUGUUAUAUAUAUGUAGGCGUUGUUGCCUCAUGGGACAUUUCUAUUCUUAAUAUCUGAAUAAACAGGCACAUACCCAUGUCUCAAAAUCCUCACUUUUCUUCACUUUCCCUUCUAAAUCAAUCUGUGGUCCUUGUCUCUUUCUUGGCAUGUUUGUGUGUUGAUUAUUCUCUAUGAAGACUGAUAUAUCUACCUACUUCUCAUGAUGUGAAGCUUUUUGGUAUUUGUGUUGGGGGGGGCGUCUUUUAUCAAGGUUCAGGCAAUUUCGUUCACAAAAAGAGGGUAAAGAGUAUCCCUUAUCAUCAUUUAAACAGAGAGGACAUAUUUAAGUAGCCUUGGGGUAGAAAUGACCUAUUAUGACUAAUAGAAAAGCAUUACCUGUUCCAUCCUUUGUUAGUGGUAUUUGUUUCAGUUACCAUAGUUCCCAAAAGAAGAUGAGAGUUAGGGAGUUAUCACCCUCUGAUGGCAAUGGUUCCUCUACUAAUGGAGAUGAACCUUUACCUCAGGAUGCAGAUUAUAGUAAUGUUCUAAGUCUUAGUGAUGAGCUAGAGACUUCAAUCUUGGCAAGGUUUCCAAGAUCACAGCACUGGAAACUGUGCUUUCUCAACAAGCGGUUCUUGGCCCUUGCGAGGAGUGGCGAGAUCUACAAAAUAAGGAGAGAGUUAAGAUUCAAAGAACCUUCAGUGUUCAUGCUGGCAAGUGGAGAGAGCAAUUGGUGGGGAAUGGAGUGGCCUUUCAACUCAAGCAAGAAGCUCCCUCCUAUUCAAUCAGAUUACAAUUUUGAGUAUGGAGAUAAGGAGUCAUUUUGUGCAGGUUCCCACCUAUUAGUCUCUGGCAAGGAGAUUGAUGGGGCUGUUAUUUGGAGGUUCGAUUCAAUUAAAAAUGAAUGGCUCAAAGGGCCAUCUAUGAUCAAUCCAAGGUGUCUUUUUGCAUCAGCCACAUGUGGUGCUAUUGCUUUCGUUGCUGGGGGGUUUGAUGCAAUAACUUACACACAAGUCUUGGAUUCUGCUGAGAAGUACAAUUCCGAAAGCCAGUGUUGGGAGCCCCUUCCAAGGAUGAACAAGAAGAGGAAGUUUUGCUCAGGUUGUUUCAUGGACAACAAGUUCUAUGUCCUUGGAGGGCAAGAUGAGCAUGGGAAAGACCUCACUUGUGGGGAAUUCUUUGAUGGCAAGACAAAUAGUUGGAACUUGAUUCCUGACAUAUGGAAGGAUAUUCCUCUAUUUGAUUCACAGUCUCCACCUCUUCUUGCUGUUGUGAAUAAUGAGUUGUACUCACUUGAUGCUUCUUCAAAUGAGUUGAAAGUGUAUGUGAAAGGAACCAACUCAUGGAAGACUUUGGGAGUGGUUCCUGUGAGAGCUGAUGCACAAAGAGGUUGGGGUGUGGCUUUUAAGUCUCUUGGUGAUGAGUUACUUGUUAUUGGUGCACCUUCUGUGUCACACACAGUGCAUGCCUUGUCUAUGUACACUUGCUGCCCUGAUCCUGAUGAUGAGAAAUUGAGGUGGAGGCAAAUUGGAUGUGGCAGCAUUCAGCUCAAUCACUUUAUCCGCAAUUGUGCUGUGAUGGGGACCUGAAUUUUGAGCAACAAGAGCUUGAAAUCAAUCUCAGAAUAAAAAUUGGAGGUUAAUAUAUGGAGUUUUUAUCGGCACAACCUUCUGUCAUUUGGUGAUUGAUCUUUGUUUCUAUUAUGUUACAUGUUGGUGUCACUUUCUGAAACAACUUAUUGUUAGGAAGCUUGUUGAUGUAUCUUCUAGCUUUCAUCUUUAACAUAGGAGGACUGAAAAAUGGCAAGUAUGAUCCUAUUAUUGUUGGUGAAGAAAACUAGAUAAGGAGGUUCAGAGCUGAAAUGCUAUUUUUUCCCCUUGUUCUGGUGCUGAUUAUGUCAAGAUUUGAAAUCUUGAUACCGAAUAUCAAAUUUGGAUCAUUUGUUUCAUUGCUUGAGUUGCCAUACUUCAAAAUACUUUCCAGUUCUUUGUCACUGGUUGCCUUGUUAAUAUAUCAAUGGAAUCUGAGUUCGCUAUGUCAAAACUCUGAGCACAAACAUGUAAUAUUUCCUACUUAAGUGUUUUUUUUAUAUGAAUGCGAUAAACAUAUGAUUACACAA